AGUUAUUGACAGAGCAGAGGAAGAACACUACUGGAAGGACCCAGAAGGAUCAGCCAGCCAUGCCUUCAGUUCAGGUACAAGAUUGAGAAAUGGCAUGUAACAUACCUAAUCAAAGACAGCGGGCUAUGUCAACAUCAGGAGAAAGUCUGUAUGAAAUCCUUGGUCUGCAUAAGGGAGCAUCAUGUGAAGAAAUUAAGAAAACCUACAGAAAACUAGCCCUGCGACACCAUCCGGACAAGAAUCCAGAUGAUCCAUCUGCUGCUGAGAAGUUUAAAGAAAUCAACAAUGCCCACACAAUCCUCACUGACAACUCAAAGAGAAACAUAUAUGACAAGUAUGGAUCAUUGGGACUCUACGUGGCCGAACAAUUUGGAGAUGAAAACGUUAACACAUACUUCAUGCUGUCAAGCUGGUGGGCAAAGACCCUGUUCAUCAUCAUUGGCCUCUUGACCGGCUGCUAUUUUUGCUGCUGCCUUUGCUGCUGCUGCAACUGUUGUUGUGGACAUUGUCGGCCCAAGACAUCGACACCAGAAGAGGAGUUCUAUGUGUCACCAGAGGACCUUGAGGAGCAGAUCAGAACUGAUAUGGAGAAAGAUAUGGACUUUCCAGUUGUUCUCCAGCCUACAAAUACAAAUGAGAAAACACAGCUAAUCAGAGAAGGAUCUCGAAGUUACUGCACAGACUCUUGAGGAUGGGCUCAUGGAGGGUCCACAGCUCCUCUUUUUGGUUCAGCCGUGUCUCUGGGUUGUCAUGAGGGAGGUGCAAACAUGAAAUGCUGUGAACAUAUUCACAUUUGUAUUUUAUUUUUAGGUUAAGGGGAAGAUGAUUGCUACAUAAUUUUCUCAGACUUUCUCUUUGAGUAGAAUCCUAAUGAAAAGCAUUCAGUUUAUGAAUAAAGGCCUGAAGAGUUG